UGGGUAGCCAAAAGGGCCGUGGCGGCAAAAGCAAGCAGAGAGUUGAAAAGAACCAUUAUAAUGAUAUCCUUGACUGGACGAUGAUGAUGAUGAUGAUGAUGGAUAGACCGCUUUCAGUUUUUGCGCUCAUUUUAUAUCUGUCAAUAAGCGCCACGGCCCCACGCGUCAUGGAGUUCUUGGAUUUCUUGGAAGUUUGGAUUUUUUUCUCUUUUACGGACGAUGUCUACUCUCAAGCCGUAUAUAGAGAAAUAGCCCACGCCAGCAAGAAAAAAAAAAAAAUGGAAACAAGAAUGUUCAUCGCCUUCGAUGAGAUCCAUUCUGGUUCAUUUUUUUCGUGCAGGUGAAACCUUGUGCAACCGAGAUGGAAUUCUCAAAUCGAUCAAAUCUUAUCAGAUUCUUUU